AUGGAGUUUACACAGGUUUGUAUAAUGUGUUUGGUGCCGCUGUUCCUCGUCCCGCUCAUCAAUCUACUUCCUCGUAUCAUCGAUUUCUUAAUGGCCAAAGUGUAUGCAUGGCUCGGAUGGGAGUACAGGAAGCCAGCGAGAGUUCCUCCAGCUUGUCCUUUUAAGCCUAACGACAACAACUCCACCAAAGUGACUGCUGAAGCUGGAAGUGAAGGUAGAGGAGAAACAAUAGCUAAACCGGAGGAGAGUGGUGGGGUUAAGCAGGAUUGA